AGCCUCCAGGAAGCCUUCCCGACUGCCCUGCGGCACCGAGCCUCCGUCCUCUGGUUGCCCCGAGGGAUCUCAGCGCCCCCGCCACGGGGAUCAGGACACAUUGGGAACCCGGGAUCUGUUUGGCGGGUCUAUUUAUCAAGCCCUAGAACCAGGCACCUCACUGAUCUAAGAACAUGAGUGGAGAGAAGGAAGAGGCGUUGUUCAGAAUGUUCGGGGCUUAUGGUGAGCCAGAGGAGAGGAGGGAUGUGCCAGAAAGCUCUGGUGUUUCCUCUCAGCUUGAGCCACAAGUGCAGCAGCGACUGGCCAGUCUGUAUGGAGUGUCCUGGCAGCCCCCAGGCCCCCCGAUACAGCAUAGCCCUGCUGAUCAAGAGACAAGCAUGGUGACCCAGCAGCAGUGGCAUCUCCAGGGCCUGGGUAGAUCUGAGCUCCAGGCCACUGGGCUCCCUGAUGCACAACCAGGAGAAGCAGCAGAGUCCAGCCCAAGCUUCCUACUGGGUUCUGAGGUUGGCCAGCCUUACUCUUCUUCCCCUCCCAGUGAAGAAGUCCUCUCAUUGCUCAGAGCAAUUCCCCCCAUUCCAGAUGAAGUUGUGGUCAGGCAGAAGAGGGCCCCACAGGGCUCCUGGAAGGUUGGCGCACUCCUCCAUGGAAAGAGAGUCUACGCUGUGGCCAUCAGUGGCUCAACCCACCACGUGUACACAUGUGGCUCUGGCUACAUCAGGGUGUGGGAUGAGAGUGUGCUGCAUGCGGGGGACAAGGCCCCUCGGGCCCAGCUGGACUUGCAGCAUCCCCAGGACUGUGUUGUUACCUGCAAGCUGUUCCCUGAUGAGCGGAGCCUGAUCACAGGCGGUGCGUCCCAGGCUGUGACUCUCUGGGACUUGGCACCCACCCCCCAGGUCAGGGCACGGCUGACCUCGACAGGCCCCACGUGCUAUUCUCUGGCUGUCUCCUCUGAUGCCCAUAUCUGUUUGGCUUGUUUCCGUGGAUUUGUCGAGAUUUGGGAUUUGCAGAACCAAAUCUUGAUCAGGAAGCAUGAAGUUCCUGUAUACGGGUCCCGAUGUGUGGACAUCACCGGCAAUAUAUUCUGGACAGGAGGUGAAGACACCACCCUGUAUUCCUGGGACCUGAGGAGCUACCAGAGGCUGCACCAACACAACUUACAGAAUGAGAUCCUCAGCAUUACCCAUGACCCCAGUGAAGAAUGGGUAUUGGCGGGCCUGAGAACAAGUGACAUUGCAUUCCUUCACACUCGUCGGAAUGAGCAGUUCAAGGCUGUCAUGAAAAAAUACACCCGCCACCACAGCCUCAAGUUUGCCUCCUGUGGGAGCUAUUUUGUGACCGCGAUAGAUACGCGCCUCAGUGGCUUGGAGGCACCUUCUCUACAAAAGUUGUUUCAGAUAGAGGAGUCUUCAGGUAUCCUGUGCUGUGACGUGUCCUCUGACAACCAGUAUCUGGUCAUGGGCUCCAAGAGCAGUGCCACUAUCUACCAGCUCUUGUAUUAAAGGUGGUAUGCCAUGGUCCUGACAGUGAAGACCCAGUCUUUGGGCUGGUGUGGCUGCGAGGAUAGCUUCAGAGUGCUGGACACCUCUAACACCUGCCAUCCCCUCUGCCUUAGCUUGGGUGGCAGGUCAUCCCUCCCCUCCAGUAGCCCACUCUCAGCCUGCACUCCCAGAUUUUAAUCAGAUGGCUUGGAGCUUUUUCCUUUGUUAUCUUUCUACUACUGAUUUCUGGGUUUUGGUAGGAAAUUUGAGAUCCCUUUGUAAUGAAUAAAAUAGCAAAGCAGAAAGCAAA